GGACAGUGUUUACUACGAUUAAGGGAAACGCAUGUAAAACAUUGCUAUGUAAAGAGUUUUCCUGGUUCUCAGAAAACAUGACCGAAGAAAAGGGUAACGAAGAAGCGGACUGGAAAGUUUACGAGGCGUUGGUCAGCAAAAGCCCUUCAGACAUGGAAGUAGAUUUAGGCAAUGACGUAAUAACCGCCUUACGAAGCGAUCUAGCUGGGCUGCAAUAUAAAAGAGAUAAACUUAUAUCUGAAAACGGUGAUUUAAAAAACCAAAUGCUGUCCCGUGACCAAAGAAUACUCGAACAACAAGUUGAAAUCGAUCAUCUUCGUGAACAAAAUGCAAGACAAAACGCCAUUAUAUCGUCGCUCAGAAAGAAAAUACAAGAUCUCGAAGAAACACAUCGUAAUCUACAAACAGUGCAGGGACGCAGCGAUCUCACAGUACAAACUUUACAGAGGGACAACCGUUACUGCGAAGAGAAAAUUAAAGAUUUAGAGAAGAAACUGCGCUCUCUCGAACUUGAUUGUCAUAAUGAGGAACAGCAAAAAGAAAAUGCUCGUUGUCAAUUUCAUGAUCUAAUAAGGCGUCUAUCUGCCGCGCUGGAUGCUGACUUUUGUGAUAGCACGCACACUCACUCCCCAGAGGCUCUUAUUGUUAAAGCAGCUGAAUUAGUUCAAGAGAUCACAAGAUUGAAAAACAAAUGUAUGAACACUACCGAAAGUUUAUCGACGACAGAACAAGAUCUACGGAGCUGUAGAGAUGCUUUAGAAAGAUCAAAUAAUGACAAAGAUAUAUUACAAAGACAGCUCUCAUCUCAACUCCUAGAUAUUGAGAGACUGAAACAGGAGAAGGAGUCUCUCGCUGUACAGAAUAGAGUUGUAGAACGAGAGUUGCAUGAAGCCAGAGAAAAACUAUCACACUGCACUAAAAACUUAAACGUCGUAACAGAUAAUGUUAAUCAAAAUGAAUCUAUUAUUGUUCAGUUGAAAGAAGACUUACGACAUCGAGACGAGAAAUACCAAAGACUUCAUGCAGAAUUUAGGAACACGAUGGAAUCCUUUGCUAUUUUAUUAAGCUUACCAACCAGAUUUGUUGAAGCUCACGAAAGCACUAUAAAAGAAAGAAUCCGUGAAAUACUAAGUGAAAGUAAAGAUAAAACUGUCCAAAUAGAGGCUCUCCGAGACAAGCUGAACAUGGAAUCUCAACAGCUGGGCAGAACCGCUCAUUUGCACGAUCAAGCCACGACGCGUGUUAGAAUACUCGAAGACGAAAGGAAUAUGCUAGAAGCUAAAGUUCACAAGCUCGAAUCGGAACUGAAUGCAAUGGAGCUAUCCAGAGACAGCUUAAGGAAAGAUAAAGCGAACUUUGUGGCAUUCCUCGAGCGUCUAAGCAGAACGCUAAAUAUGGACGAGUUGACCCAGGAUGUCGGAAUAGAAUUACACACUGAAUCCAUUAUACAUCGAGCUGAGCAAUUGGCGCGGCUGGAGAGCGAUAAAAUUGUUGACAAGACAGCAGUGGUUUAUCAGCUACAAAGAAGGAUCCGAAUUUUGAGGGAACAAUUACAAAGAAAAGAUUUACAUUUAGAUCUAUUGAGGCGUAAACUUAGCGUUCAGGAGGAAAGUUGCCGCGUGCGCGCCGUGCUGCAGGCGGAGCGCGACGAAGCCAUGUCUCGCAGUAAGAAAUUAGCGCGCCAGUGCGACAAGCUGAGCGCUCAGCUAAGCGACGCGCGCGCCCAACUGCGCGACCUCAACGCACAACUCGCCGACGCCGCCGACUACAAGAUAACUUCAUUGGAACGAGCGCGAAAGAUCGAAGAACUACAAAAGAGAUUAGACGAGGCCGAAUUGUUGCGUUCGCGGUAUAACCGGAAAGUCAACGUGCUGAAAGACCAAGUUAGAGCCACCGGAGAGACCUUCGAACAGGAAAGAACUUCUACUGAACACCAGAUCGCGAUGUUGAGAGACGAUCUCGCGAGGACUAAAGAAGCCCUGGCUGAGUGUCAGCGACGGGAAGCUCAAUUGCAAAGUUUCAGGAACUCAAUUGCCAAACUCCUCGGUAUUCUGGUGCCGGCGUCAGUGUCUGACUUCGAGAUGGUCUCGCGGCUGCAGAAGCUGAUCGACGCCCACCAUGACUUUACUAUCGUGUCGAGGAGGUACGACGAUCCUGCGCUGCUCAGAGCUUCCUCGCGGUCACCGCCACCUUCCAGAUGCAGAACUAGAACGCCAGACAGAUCGCUUCGCUACGAUGACUCGGGUUACGCAGACCCGGCCUUCGACAUCGACGAUGACUUGUACAAGACCAGACCGCCCUUGUGACAGUCAAGACGACGCACUAGAUUUUAAUCGUGCAUAUUCAAUUCCUUUGUAUAGAAAAAAAUAUAAUAUAAUCCAACUUAUGAAAUCAGUAAUAUCUCUGUAAUAUAAUCUGUUGAAAAAAACAUGUCCUUGACGAGAAAUUUUAAAGACAGUUCAAUAUAGAACAAUUUACUCGUGUAUUUGUAAAACGUAUUACGAUUUCAAAUGUAUUUAUUGUCACAAAAAAUAGUUGGAUUGCUUGUCGUUUGAUUAG